UUACUAAAAGACUGAUACAUAGUUGAGAUCCUUAAAGUAAUACCGUUGCCCAAUUCACACCCAUAAUUGAUAUUCACGCCGAGUUGCUUGACCUUAUGAACCUCAAAGUGGGCGGCCUCAAUUGGUACACAAUAUUGAGGGACCUCCGUGGCUCGCAAUCCACAUUGGAACGGAAAGCCAAAGGGCGGACCUUCUCCGUAGACGAAGACCACGCCGUCAGCCAUUUCUUUAUUUGUGGGUUAGAUAAAAAUCGUCGGAUCAGCAUUAUAAAAUAUAUGUUUUUUUGUGUUUAUUAAAAUUUGUUUAAGUAUGUGAUUCCUAGAAAAGUAUGUACUAGCUUGUGUUUUCAGUCUUUUGAGUUAGAUUGACACAUGAUUCAAAGUUUACUCCUAAAACUUGUUCUCCAGACUUGCUAUUUAUUAAAAAUUUAGAAAAUUACUAGUGGUAAUUUAAUAAUUCAUUUGAAAAAGGUAAAAGUAACGAGGAAGUUCACUUACAUAUCUCAUAAAGAUAAGAAAGUUUUGUCAAGGAGCUAAUUAAAAAUCUCAUUUGCUUGGGCAAUUAAACCUUGUGAACAUUAUCAGGUAAGUGUUGAAUAAAUAUGUGUUAAUCGAAAUUACUUUUCCGAAUAAAAUUGCCAUUCUCCAGAGCCACAGAAAAGUAAUAUGCUAAAGACAGAGGAGUCAGUGCCAUGACAACUGUUGAUAUGUUCAGGGAAUGGGGAAUGUGAACUAAGGUGGCAUGAGAGCUUCAUUCAUGGACGCAAGGACUCGUAACAGGGGUGGCUGCUGCCACAACAGGGCACUGUUAGCAGCGAGUCCUUAACAGCGGAGUAAGCCUGAACCGGCGACCGAGCUUCAGUCUGCGGAUGUUCGAAUAUCUGAGCUCAGUCACUUUGCGCACGUCGUUCGGCGCGGAUCGCAGUCGCAUUUAUCUCGUGGAUAGCCGGUUGGAAGGUGGAAAGUGAAACCAUGUCUGCAUCGGAAGCAAAUUCGGAACUGGCAGCGAACACUAUACCAGCGCCCAAGUGCUCCAAUGUGAACAACAACAAUAGCGCCCGCUCCAGUCGGGUGGGUAGCGCUGUUUCCGGAGCAGGCCAGGAUAUGGAUGACUUGGAGGAGCAGCGGUUCGGCUGGUGCGGAUGGCAGCCCCAGUGGCUCCAGCGCUUCUGCACCGCCAAGUGGGCGCUCUUCUGGCUGUGCUGGGGCGGAGCUCUUCAAGGUUUGCUGGUGAACGGAUUGAUAAAUGUGUCCAUCUCCACAAUUGAGCGAAGGUUUGGGCUGCGCUCCCGGCAGAUGGGAUUGGUGGCCAGUGGCUACGACCUGGCCUCCUUUGCCUGCCUGGUGCCGGUCACCUACUACGGAGGCCGUCGAGGAGCCUCCAAGCCGCGCUUUAUUGCCAUCGGUCUGAUCGUGAUGGGCCUGGGAUCGCUGGUCUUCCUGCUGCCCAACUUCCUGGUGGGCCAGUAUCGGGCCACCAUUGCCGAGGCGAAUGUCUGCGAGACGGAGAGCAUCCUCAACUCCAGUCAGACACUGAGUUCCUGCGAGGCAGCCUCCUCCAGUGGAGCGGGGGAGAGCGAGAGUCUGACCUGGACAGUGUGGCUGUUCUUUGGGGCCCAACUGCUCCACGGAGCCGGUGCAUCGCCCCUCUUCACACUGGGAGUCACUUAUAUCGACGAGAACGUCUCGAAGAAGAUGUCAUCUGUUUACUUGGGAAUCUAUUAUACGAUGGCCACGAUUGGACCCGCCAUUGGCUAUGUCCUCGGCGGACAGUUGCUCCUGAUCUAUACGGAUUGGAUGACCGUGGACCCUGUCCAACUGAGCUUGACCAGCGAUAGCAAGGUGUGGAUUGGAGCCUGGUGGAUGGGAUUCAUUUUUGCGGCAUUCAUGUGUUUCCUUAUCGCCUUGCCGGUUUUUGGAUAUCCGAAAUCCCUGCCUGGGGCAGACAAGUUGAAGCUGGAGAGAGUUUCCGAGGCACAUGCCACCAAACCGGUUGAUGCCGGAUCGGAGUCAGAUGAAUCCGGUGAACUGACCAAGAGAUUGGGUAAUCUACCCCGGGCAGUGAUUAGUCUGCUUGGAAAUCCGACGUUCUUCUUCCUAAACCUGGCGGGGGCUACGGAGGGUCUGGUUAUUGCAGGGUUCGCCGCUUUUCUGCCCAAGCAGAUCGAGAAUCAAUUCAGCAUCUCCCCCAUGCUCUCUGCCCUGGUCAUGGGUCUGAUCACCGUGCCCGCCGGUGGCGGGGGAACCUUUCUCGGAGGCUAUCUAGUUAAGAAGUGGAACCUUUCUUGCAGCGGAAUCAUUAAGAUGUGCCUGACGGUCACUACAGUGGCGGCAUUCUUCACCUUCUGCUUCAUUGUGUCUUGUCCAAAUCCGAAGUUCGCCGGCGUCACCACAGACUACAAUUUGGACGCCAGAAUAGGACCAAUAGCCUUGGAUGCCAGCUGCAACCUAAACUGUGGGUGCAGUCGCUCGAACUACGAUCCCAUCUGUGGCAUAAACGGAGUCAUGUACUACAGUCCGUGCUACGCGGGCUGUGGCCAGGAGGAGCAUGUGGACAGUCUGAAGCACUACCACAACUGCAGCUGCAUUGGCGGCAAUGUUGGAUGGGUGGACGACGGAGUUGAUUCUUCAGUACUUGGACCGGAUGCCACCAAUCUGAAGUGUGAUUCCACUUGCCAGAGUUUGCCGGUCUUUGUGGCUUUGUGCUUCAUCCUAAUGGUCUUCACCUUUUUGGCCACAAUGCCAGCUCUUUCAGCCACAUUGAGGUGUGUCCAGGAUGAACAACGUUCCUUUGCUUUGGGUCUUCAGUGGAUAAAAGUGCGAUUGUUGGGCACAAUUCCAGCUCCUCUGAUUUUUGGAGCACUGAUUGAUGAAUCCUGUAUUUUGUGGCAAGAAAAAUGCGAUGAAGAUGCCGGAGGCGCUUGUCUUUUCUACGAUAACUACUACAUCAGUCGGUACAUGUGGCUUUUGGCCCUGAUCUGCAAACUGGGUUCUGUGGUCUUCUUUCUGGGUGCCUGGUGGUUCUAUGUUCCACCCAGAAAGCCCUCAAAUGUCAAUGACAAGGCUGAGGUGAUCUAAUGAGGCGGCUGGAACUGA